AUGAGGGACCAGGCAAUCACCUUGCUGUCAGCAGCUCUAAGACACAUUAGGGUGCUAAUCAACACAGUGCCAUGGCCUGAAGAGAGCUUAGAGGUGAUAUAUGAAUGGGUGGAGGACUGGGACCAGACUUGGUACAUUGACAAGAACAAGAUCUCCAUCCCAAAGGUGUGCAAUGCCAACCUACAUGACAUGACUGAAGAAUCCAUGAUACAGCAGAAUGAGGUGAUCCCAGCAGCUAUAGCAAUAGCAGAUCUUUGGUGGCCAGAAGGGCAGCAUAGAUUCAACAUCAACAACCUUGUUGAGGACUACCAGGAGCAGGUAGAGGAGAGAGCAUGGUUGGAGGCCAAGAUGUUGGCCAAGGCACCAUCCAUGCACACCCAGGGCCAAGCAGCAAGAGGUGAGGGUCAAAACCACAUGCCAGAAGACACUGAAGGAUACCCAUCAAACAGAGCUGCACAUUCAACAGGGGGGGGCUCUGGUAGCACAAGCAAGGGAAAAGGGAAACAGAAGGCCACCAGUGAGGAGGAUGAGCUGGCUGACAAUGUCAAUGAUGAUGAGGGUGAUGGUGAAGGCAAGCCAGGGCCUUCUGCAAAGGGACCUCACAUGGCUGGAGACAAUGAGCCCUGUGAGACAUGUGCCCAGGCAAACCUCAUGUGCAUUGGGUAG